GUUCUAGGUCUUUUGUAAAUUUAACGGAAGAUAAUUUAUUAAACUGCGUUACACAUGAUAACGCUGAACAUGUAAUUUAUUCUUCAAAUGGCUAAGGCGAGUGUAUAGAAGACUUCUUUACUUAUUAUAUUUAUGAAAGAAAUAAAUCAUUCUUAAAGUUACAGCAGAAUCUAUAACCUGCUUUACAGAAUGAAAAAUGGGUUCACUUAAACACUCGAAAACAAUAGUUGAGGGUAAAAAAUGUUCAAAUUUAAAGUUAGUAAAAAAAUCUCGCAAGCAAAUGCGUAAAGAUCUCAGGAAGCAAAAGAAAAUUAAUAAAGUAAUUCAUUCGAAAAGAAGGAAAGAAUUACGUACACGUGCACAGGCCAUUGGCUUUGAAAAAACUAUUGAAAUUAAUGAUAAUGAAAUAAACAAUGAGAAAAUUGUUGACAAUACGGUAAAUAUAAAAAGAAGUUUCGAAAAAUGUGAAAAAGAAAUUGUAAACCGAAAACUUGAAGGAGUUGAAUGUAAAAAGGAGAAUAAAAAGAAAGAAUUACUUAGGCAUGCCAAUUCAAAGGAAGAUAAAAUAAUUAAAAGAUUAGAAAAGCAAUUAAAAUUAAAUAAGAGAAAAAGAAAGACAAUUCCUAAAUCAUUUGUAGCUGAUGGUUUGGACUAUCUUUUGGAUUUUUGUUUAGAGAAAGAUAGAAAAUGUUUAGUAGAGACAGAAAAGGAACAUUUGGAGAUUGAAUUUAACUUAGAUGAUUUGAAGUCAAAAACAGUUCAAGGAAAUGAAUAUGUAGAUAGUGAAUCAGAUAAUGGUAAUGGAUGUGAAAGUAAAAGUGAAAAUGAAAAUGAGAGUUCCGAUGUUACAGUUGAAGAACAAUUCAAUAACAACAAUGAUUCAGACAAAAUUUCUUGGAUGAAACAAUCCAAGACAAUAAAAAUAAAGUGCACAGAGAUUACAAAAACUAAUAAUAUUAAUAUUAAUAAUGAAGACAUAUGGGAAGAUAUAUAUGGACGAAAGAGAGAUAAAGAAGGUAACAUUAUACAUAAUGAUAAUAGAUAUGUUCCACCAGCUGCCAGAAUUGUUCCGCAUAAUAUAAAUCCAGAUGAUGAAAAAUUGCAUUCAUUAAAAAAGCAAUUAAAAGGUUAUCUGAAUAGAGUGACAGAACAUAAUAUGCACUAUAUAACUAAUCAGAUAGAGGCAAUGUAUAUGACAAACAGUCGUAAUAACAUGAAUUAUGUUUUAUCAGAAUUAACAAUUGAAAGUUUAGUUUCACAUGUAAUUACACCAGACCGUCUUAUUUGUGAGCAUAUGAUGUUAGUGACAAUUUUGCAUGCCAAUAUUGGUGUUGAAAUAGGUGCUAGUUUUUUGGAAAAGCUCAUUAAAAAGUUUAUCGAUAUAAUAGGAAGACCUCAAGAUGUGGAGGACAAAAAAUUGGACAAUGUAGCUCUCAUGCUUUCACAUCUGUACAACUUUAAAGUAUAUGGAUAUAAACUUCUAUAUCAGAUACUUGAUAAACUAAUGAUGAAAUUUACAGAAAAAGAAAUUGAAUUGAUAUUGCUUAUUUUAAAAACUGUAGGAUUUUCAUUGAGGAAAGAUGAUCCAAAUGCUUUGAAGGAAUUUAUACAGAAUUUACAACGAAGAGCUAGUCACGAAAAGGGAGAAAAUUCAAGAAUUAAAUUUAUGCUGGAGAUUUUGUUAGCGAUAAAAAACAAUAAUAUCAACAAAAUACCUCAAUACGAUCCUUCUCAUGUGGAACACUUAAAAAAAGUUAUGAAAAGUAUAAUACGUAGAGGCAACACAAUAAUACAGUUUCAUGUGUCUUUAGAGGAUUUAUUACAUGCUGAUGAAAAUGGAAAAUGGUGGAUCAUAGGCUCAGCUUGGUCUGGUCCAAAUAAUGUGCAUAAUAAAGCUGCUACAAAUGGACAUAGUAAGCUGAAUUUUGAUAAAAAAAUGCUGGAUUUAGCACAGAAACAGAGAAUGAACACAGACACAAGAAGAAACAUUUUCUGUAUCCUUAUGACAGCUGAAGACUAUUUAGAUGCCUUUGAAAAACUUCAUCAACUUGGUUUGAAAGAUCAACAAGAAAGGGAAAUCAUACAUGUUUUAAUGCAUUGUUGCUUGCAAGAAAAUAAGUUCAAUCUUUAUUAUGCGGUAUUAGCUGAAAAAUUGUGCGAAUAUAACAGAAAAUAUCAGCUUACGAUACAAUACACUUUCUGGGAUAAAUUGAAAACACUAGAAAUGUAUGGAAACAAACAAUUAAGUAAUUUGGCACAGUUCUUAACUUAUUUAUUUAUCGAAAAGUGUCUUGCUUUGUCAGUUUUAAAAGUUAUUCAGUUUACGGAACUAGAUAAGCAUACCAUGGAAUUUCUCAGAAAAAUUAUAUUGGAAAUUCUUUUACACGAAAAUGAACAGGCUUGCCUGCAAGUAUUUGAAAGAAUUUCCGUUUCUCCUCAAUUGCAAACUUUUAGGGAAAGUCUUCGUUUAUUUAUAAAUUGUUUCUUGAUAAAAAAUCUAGAUUCGCAUAGUAUAUUAGAUAAACAAAAAAUAAUGUUGAAAAAUAGAGCCGUGUUAGUGGAUAAAGUAUUAAUAUCGCAUGAAUCUAAAACCGUGUUUUAA